UUUUUUUCUGAGAUUUUUCUGAGUUUACUUCCAGUCUCAUAAACUCGUACUUCACAUUCGUUAUGUUGUUUCCCUCGCUUUUGUCGCUGGCAGCAGUGGGUUUGAGUCUUUUGGCUCUGGCUGUUGCUGACGAUCUUCCUGCCAUCGAAAUUGUCGGCAACAAGUUCUUCUACUCCAACAACGGGUCCCAGUUCUACAUCAAGGGUAUUGCCUACCAGCAGGACACUGCCAACACCACUUCCAGCUUCGUUGAUCCUCUUGCUGAUGCUGAAGCCUGUAAGAGAGACAUCCCCUAUUUGACGGCUGUGGACACCAACGUGAUCAGAGUGUAUGCCUUGAACGUAACCCAAGAUCACACUGAGUGUAUGCAGCUUUUGCAAGAUGCUGGAAUCUACGUUAUUGCCGACUUGUCGGAACCACUGGACUCUAUCAACAGAGACGACCCAGAGUGGACCGUGGACUUGCUCGACAGAUACACCGGCGUUGUUGAUCUUUUUGCCAACUACACUAACAUCCUCGGUUUCUUUGCCGGAAAUGAAGUCACCAACAACAACACCAACACCGACGCCUCCGCUUACGUCAAGGCUGCCGUCAGAGACACCAAAGCCUAUAUCAAGGCCCAGGGCUACAGAAAGAUCCCUGUCGGAUACUCUAGUAAUGAUGACGCAGAAACCAGAGUCCCAUUGGCUGAUUACUUUGCUUGCGGAAGCGAUGAUGAAAAAGCUGAUUUCUUCGGUAUCAACAUGUACGAAUGGUGUGGAUCUUCUUCUUUCAAACAGUCUGGAUACCAGAAUAUCACUCAAAACUACCAGGACUUGGGUGUUCCGCUCUUUUUCUCGGAAUACGGUUGUAACCAAGUCCAACCUAGAAAGUUCCAGGAAGUCGGCACUUUAUACUCAUCGGAUAUGACUGACGUCUGGUCCGGAGGUAUCGUAUAUAUGUACUUUGAAGAAGCCAACAACUAUGGUUUGGUUACGAUUGAAAACGGUGAUGUCUCUACUUUGGCCGAUUAUGGUUACUACUCGUCGCAAAUCAAAGCCAUCUCUCCUACAUCCGCUCAGUCCAGUGCCGUAUCCGCUGCUUCAGGAACUUCCUGCCCCAGUGAAUACGUCAACUGGAAAGCAUCUACCGAUUUACCUCCUACUCCAGAUGACCUGGUCUGUGCUUGUGCAAACAAGGGCUCUGGCUGUAUUGUGGACUCGAGCGUAGACUCGGAAGACUAUGGCGAUUUGUUCUCAUACAUCUGUGAAAACAUCGACUGUGGUGGCAUCAAUGGUAACGGAACUAGCGGAGUCUACGGUGCAUUCUCUGCUUGUAGCCCAGAAGACAAGUUGAACUUUGUUUUGGGACUUUACUACGCCGAAAACGGCGGUGAUGAUUCUGCCUGUGAUUUCUCCGGUUCUGCUACUGUCAGAGCUGCUUCCACUGCUUCUACCUGUAGUGCUUUCUUGAAAGCUGCUGGUGCUUCUGGUAUGGGAACAGUGUCUGGAUCUAUUGGUACCACUAAGCACACCGGUAUCACUGGCUCCGACUCUGAUUCUGAAACUGGUUCCGGUUCUGGCUCUGGAACCUCUACAUCCACCUCUACUUCUUCCGGUAAGGCUUCUGGUGCCCAAAAGCAAGUGUCUUUCGACUUUGUCACCAAGACUAUGUUUGUCGGUGUCGCCUUUGUCUUUGGUAUGGGUAUGAUCAUGGCCUAGAUGGUUACCUUCUAAACUUUAAACAUAAAACAACUUCAAGACUCUCUUAGAAUCAACUUAGGAUCAGAAUCCUUAGUGUAAAACUUCUUCUUGCAGAUCAUACUAUGUUGUGAGACUUUAUAUUUAUUUGUUUAGGUGUUUUAUAAAUGUUAUGAG